CCUAUCCUGGACAGGCAAUGGUGUGAAUGGACAGAGAUCAUCCAUGAGGAGGAAGAAGUAACCCCCCGUCAGGAGGACCUGGUGCCCUGCACCAGCCUCUACCAUGACAGCCUCCUAGGCUGGCGUCUGGACCUGCCCUACUGGGGUGGCCGUGGAGGGUUCACCAGGUCCCCAGCACCUGGGCUCUGCCCCAUCUACACAGCCCCCAAAAUGCAGCCUGUCACCCGGAACCGGACAGUGAGGGCUUGCUGCCCAGGCUGGGGGGGGCACACAGUGCACUGCACCACAGUCCUUGUCCAAGCAAGCCCUGAUGGCCAGUGCUUUGCCACACAGCAGUGCCAGCCUCUGGCAGGCUCAACUCCUACUUCGGCAGGAAGUCUGGAAGAGUGCUGUGCCUGGCCCUGGGGACACAGCUGGUGGAACAGCAGCUCCCAGGUCUGCCUCAGUUGUUCCAACAGACACCUCCCAGGGGAUGCUUCCUCUACAGCCCUCCUGCAACCACUGGCAGGGGCCGUGGGCCAGCACUGGAGCCAGCGCCAGUGACCCUCAGCCCCUUGUGCCACCUGGUCAGGCUUCCACUACCACACAUUUGAUGGAUGCCACUACCACUUCCCGGGCCACUGUACCUACCUGCUGGCGGGUGCUACUGAUUUCACUUGGGCUGUCCACUUGGGGCCCCAAGGCCAUUGCUCCCAGCCUGGGCACUGCCAGCUGGUCCGGGUGAUGUUGGGCUUCGAGGACGUGCUGAUCCAGGGCGGUGCGGUCUCUGUGAGGGGGAAGCCCAUGCCUGAGGGGGAAGAGUCUCAGCUGCUCCAUGGGCUGAGCCUGCAGUGGCAGGGGGACCGGCUGGUGCUGUCUGGGGGCCCAGGGGUCGUUGUGCAGCUGGACAGAUACAGUUCUGUCUCAGUCUCCGUGGACCAUGAGCUCCAGGGACAGACACAGGGCCUCUGUGGACUCUACAAUGGCUGACUGGAGGAUGACUUCAUGGAGCCGGGUGGGAGGCUGGCCGUGCUGCCUGCCACCUUUGGGAAUUCCUGGAGGCUCCCUUCUCUGAGCUCCUCUGUCCCCAUCCAGCCCUAUCACUUUGCUGCCUUCAGCGCCCAGGAUGCGGGCUGGUGGCCUGGGUGUCUGGACACAGUGGAGGCAGCCCAGGGCUGUGAAGGCUCCAUGGAGGGCGCAGAGGCAGGCAUGGAGGCUGGCCAGCUGCAGGCUGAGGCCCAGGAUGUGUGCCACCAGCUGCUGGAGGGUCCAUUUAGACAAUGCCAUGCUCAGGUUUCCCCCGAUGAAUACCACAAGGCCUGCCUCUUUGCCUACUGCUCGGGAGCUGUGGCAGGCAGUGGACAAGAGGGCCGGUGGGAGGCUGUGUGUGCCACCCUCGCCAACCUUGCCCAGGCUUGUGCCAGGCAGCACAUUCACAUACACUGGUGGAAGCCCGGCUUCUGUGAGCACCUGUGCCCAGGAGGCCAGCUCUCCGACUGCAUCUCGUCCUGCCCAGCCAGCUGCUCCGCGGUGGGCCAGGGUGAGGAGGGACCCUGCGCAGAAGACUGUGUGAGAGGCUGUGAGUGCCCACCCGGGCUUUUCUGGGAUGGCAUCCACUGUGUGUCUGCUGCCCACUGCCCCUGCUACCACCGGCGCCAGCGCUAUGCCCCUGGUGACACUGUGCACCGGUGGUGCAACCCGUGUGUGUGCCAGGAUGGCCACUGGCUUUGUGCCCGGGCCCCAUGCCCCACUGAGUGUGCAGUGGGUGGCGAUGGACAUUACCUCACCUUUGAUAGAUGGAGCUUCUCCUUCCGGGGUGGCUCAGGCUGCCGCUACAUCCUGGUGCAGGACCACAUGCAGGGGCAGCUGCUGAUGGUGCUGGAGCAUGGGGCCUGUGACUCUGGGAGCUGCCUCCACGCCCUCUCUGUCUCCCUGGAGGACACCCACAUCCAGCUCAGGGACUCAGGAGCUGUGCUGGUGGACGGGCAGGAUGUGGGCUUGCCCUGGACUGGCACUGCUGGCCUCAGUGUCUCCCAAGCCGCCUCCUCCUUCCUGCUGCUACGUUGGCCUGGGGCCCGGGUCCUCUGGGGAGUGGCCGACCCUGCAGCCUAUAUCACCCUGGAUCCCCGCCAUGCCCACCAGGUACAAGGUCUCUGUGCUACCUUCACCUGGAACCAGCAGGACGACUUCCUGGCGCCAGCUGGGGAUGUGGAGACCAGCAUUGCUGUCUCUGGUAGCAAGUUCCAGGUGGCAGGUGGUGGCAGGUGCCCUCCAGAGGACGGUGCCCUCCAGAGGACAGUGUCCUGCUCUCCCUGCAGCACCUACUCCCAGAACCUUGCUUUCACAGAAGCCUGUGCCAUCCUGCACAGCCCAGCCUUCCAGGCAUGCCAUGGGCUGGUGGACAGGGAGGCCUUCCAGCUCCGCUGCUUGGCAGCUAUGUGUGGCUGUUCCCCUGGGAGGGACUGCCUGUGCCCAGUGCUCUCUGCCUAUGCACGCCGCUGUGCCCGGGAGGGUGCCCUGCUGCUUUGGAGGAACCAGACCCUCUGUCCUUUCCCAUGUCCUGGUGGCCAGGAGGACCAGGAGUGUGCCCCAGCAUGUGGCCCAUGUGGGGAGCCAGAAGAUUGCGACAAGCUAGGCAGCUGUGUGGCUGAUGGUAACUGCCCUCCCCCAGGGCUGCUGUGGGACCCUGAGGGCCAGUGUGUGGCCCCCAGCGCCUGCCAGCUCGGAACCCAUCGCUACACUCCUGGCAGUGUCACCCAGAAGGACUGCAACCACUGCAUCUGCCAGGAGAGGGGCCUCUGGAACUGCACGGCUCACCACUGUCCCCCGAAGCGGGCCUUCUAUCCCCAGGAGCUUAUCUAUGACCCCAGCACCUGCCUCCUCACCUGCGACAGCCCUAAUGCCAACCACUCCUGCCCAGCAGGCAGCUCUGACGGCUGUGUCUGUCCCCCGGGCACUGUGGUGCUGGAUGAACACUGUGUACCUCCUGACCUCUGUCCCUGCCGUCACAGUGGGCAGUGGUACCCCCCUAAUGCCACCAUCCAGGAGGACUGCAACACUUGCGUGUGCCAGAGCAGGCAAUGGCGCCGCACAGGCCAGCGGUGCAGUGGGCGGUGCCAGGUGUCGGGUGCCCCCCACUAUGUGACAUUUGAUGGGCUGUCCCUCACCUUCCCCGGGGCCUGUGAAUACCUGUUGGUGUGAGAGGCCAGGAGCCGCUUCAGCAUCUCUGCUCAGAACCUGCCCUGCAGGGCCAGUGGCCUCACCUGCACCAAGGCACUGACCGUGCGUCUGGAGAGCACCGUUGUGCACAUGCUCAGAGGCCGGGCAGUGACAGUGAAUGGGGUGAGCAUAAGACACCCCAAGGCCUACACAGGCCUUGGCUUGAGCCUGCACCAUGCUGGCCUCUUCCUGCUGCUGACGACUCGCCUGGGCCUCACCCUGCUCUGGGACAGAGUUCAUUUUGUACUGCCACUGCUGGGUACCCGGGUACUGGUCCAGCUGUGCCCCCACUUCCGUGGUCGUGUGGCUGCUCUGUGUGGAGACUUUGAUGGUGACGCUAGCAAUGACCCACAGAGCCGCCAAGGUGUCCUAGAGCCCAUGGCUGAGCUGGCGGCCCACUCUUGGCACCUUAAUCCCCUGUGCCCCGAACCAGGAGACCUGCUGCCUCCCUGCACUGUAAAUGCCCACUGGGCAGCCUGGGCCCGGACCCGCACCCGCUGUGGGGCCAUGCUACAGCCACUGUUCGCCCCAUGCCAUGCAGAGGCCCCACAGCAGCACUGUGAGUGGUGUGUGUACGACACGUGCGGCUGUGAUUCCGGGGGUGACUGCGAGGGCCUCUGCUCAGCCAUCGCCACCUACACGGAUGAGCGCGCCCAUCAUGGGCACUACGUGCGCUGACACAGCCAGGAGCUGUGCCCCCUGCAGUGUGAAGGGGGACAGGUAUAUGAGGCCUGUGGCCCCGCGUGGCCCCCCUGCCAUGACCACCGUCCUGAGCCUGGAUGGCACUGCCAGGCUGUCACCUGUGUGGAGGGCUGCUUCUGCCCCGCGGGGACUCUGCUACAUGGAGGAGCCUGUGUGGACCCAGCUGCCUGUCCCUGUGAGUGGGGUGGCAGCUUCUUCCCACCGGGGACAAUGCUGCAGAAGGACUGUGGGAACUGCACAUGCCAGGACGGUCAGUGGCAUUGAGGGGGUGAUGGUGUCUGUGAGGAGCUGGUGCCUGGCUGUGCAGAAGGAGAGGCCCCAUACCAGGACAGUGGUCACUGUGUGCCACAUGAGUGGCUUUGUGACAACCAGGAUGACUGUGGCGAUGGCUCAGAUGAGGAAGCCUGUGCCACCCCAGGCUGUGGGCAAGGUCAGAUGUCUUGCCAGUCUGGCCGCUGCAUACCCCCGGCCCAGCUCAGUGAUGGCCAGGAUGACUGUGGCAAUGGCACCGAUGAACAGGGUUGCCCAUGCCCCUCCAACUCGCUGGCCUGCACUGCUGGGCACUGCCUGCCCCUUAGCCUGCUGUGCGACGGGCACUCCGACUGUCUGGAUGCUGCAGACGAGGAGUCCUGUCUGGGGCAGGUGAGCUGUGUUCCUGGGGAGGUGUCCUGUGUUGGCACCUGUGCGGGCACCUUCCAGCUGUGUGACGGAGUCUGGGACCGCCCAGAUGGGGCCGACGAGGGCCCUGAACAUUGCCCGUUGCCCUCUCUGCCCACUCCCCCUGCUGGCACAACGCCUGGCCCCUCCUUGGGCUCCCUGGAAGGUGCACCAAGUCCCCUGGGUAGUACCAGCUCUGCCCCCUGCGGCCCUUCGGAGUUCGCGUGUGGCAGCAGCGACUGCGCCGACCAGGAGGAGGACUGCGCUGACGCUGACGGAAGCAGCGCCGAACUGGGCUGCGCGGGGCCUUGCGCGCCGCACCUCGUGCACCGUCCCCGUGGCGGCGUGCAUUGCGUGUCCCCCGGGCAGCUGUGCGACGGCGAGCUGCAGCGCCUGGACGGCUGGGACGGGAGUCCGGAGGCCUGCGGCCCCACCCUGCUGCCCCCGGGCCCCGGCCUCUCCCCCUGUGGCCUGGCCCCCUGGCUGUGCCUGGACGCCAAGCAGCUCUGCAGUGGGUUGCCCGACUGUCCCCAGGACGAGGAUGAGCUGGGCUGUGAGGGGCUGCCACCCCCAGCAGGCCACAACAGAACAGGGGUCCCCUGCCCAGAGUACUCAUGCCCUAACGGCAUCUACAUUGGCUUCCAGAGGGUGUGUGACGGGCAGCCUGAUUGCGAGGUGGCCCUGGGGGAGACGGGGCCCUCCCCUGAGGAGCAGGCUUGUGGGGCCUGGAGCUCCUGGAACCCAUGGGAGCCAUGCAGCCAGACCUGUGGGCCUGGGGUGCGGGCCCGGAGACAUCGCUGCUCCCCACCUGGGCUUCCAGUGCUGCAGCGCUGCCCGGGCCCUGAGCACCAAUCCCAGGCCUGCUUUGCCGAGGCCUGUCCAGUGGACCAUGAAUGGGGCUCCUGGUCUCCCUGGUCUCUGUGCUCUGAGCAACGUGGGGGCACCAUGACGCGGCAACGGCAGUGCCACCCUCCCCAGAAUGGGGGCCGGGCCUGUGCCCUGCUGCCUGGGGACCCUCCCAGCAUUGAGACCAAGCCUUGCCCUCAGGAUGGCUCCCCCAAUGCCACCUGCUCUGGGGAGCUGGUGUUCUGGCCCUGUGCCCCCUGCCCUCUGACCUGUGAUGACAUCUCUGGCCAGGCUGUGUGCCCGCCUGAGCGGCCCUGCAGCAGCCCAGGCUGCUGGUGCCCUAAAGGGCAGGUGCUAGGCAGCAAAGAGCACUGCGUAUGGCCCCGGCAGUGUCUCUGCCUGGUGGCUGGUGCCUGCUACUGGCCUCGGCAGCAAAUCAAGGUUGACUGCCAGCUCUGUGUCUGACAGGAUGGGCGGCCCCGGUGCUGCCAACCCAACCCAGACUGCACUGUGAACUGCUGCUGGUCCUCAUGGUCCCCCUGGGCUGAGUGCCUGGGCCCCUGCAGAAGCCAGAGCAUCCGGUGGUCCUUCCGGAGCCCCAACAACCCCCGCCAGUCCGGGCAAGGUCACCAAUGCCGGGGCAUCCACCGCAAGGCCCACAGGUGCCAGAUGGAACUGAGCCAGGGCUUCAAGCAGCAGGGCCGCGUGAGGCGUGUGGGGGAGUGCUGGCGCAGGGGCCCCUGCAGGGUGUGCCAGUGUCUGGGCCUCAGCGCCGUGCACUGCUCCCCCUACUGCCAGCUGGGCAGCUGCCCCCAGGGCUGGGUCCUGGUGGAAGGAGUGGGAGAAUCAUGUUGCCACUGUGCCCUGCCUGGAGAGAACCAAACAGCGCCCCUCAUGGCCACUUCAGCCCCGGCUCCAGCCCCCAGCCCUCAGAUCGGACACUCUCUGGUCACCUAUGUUCUGCCCCCACCGGGAGAUUCCUGCUAUUUGCCCCUGGGCCUGCCCCAACCACCCAAGGAGAGCCUGCAGGUGUUGCCCCCAGAGCUGGAGCACCCCACCCAUGCAGCCCUCCAGGGGGUUCCCACUGAGGCCCCUGGCCCAGGAGAGGAUGCUCAUGCCGAGUGGCACCCUUGGCCUCCCUACCUGCAGCUGGACCUACUGUGGCCCCGGAACCUCUCCGGCAUCGUGGUGUGGGAGACUCGUUCCUCUGACACUCAUGUUCCCAGCUUCUCCCUCCAGUUCAGUAGUGAUGGUCUACACUGGCACGACUAUUGUGACAUCCUGCCUGGCACUCUGCCCCUGCCCAAGGUACCAAACACCCAAGGCCCCUGGGCCUGUGACCCACUUGGCCCCUUUGUGGGUCCCAUAGUCUUUGUCCCCAAGGGCCUGUCAGUCUCCUGGAGGGACAGUCCCUGCAUUAGAUGCUCACAGAAUGUGCUGGGCAAGACCUGGCCCAGUGGGAGGAGCUUCAACCAGAGUCAGACUCCCACAGCCUUGGGGGACCGGAUGCUACCAAAGGAGGGUCCAUGCCCUGAAGGUUGGGGGACUUGGGUGAGCAGAGAGGAGACCCAGCAGGAUCAGGGUUACAGCAGUUGUCCUGUGCCACAGCCUUUCCCUGGGAGCCAGGCCAAUAUGGCCCCCAGGGGAUGGAUAUUUGGCCAGCUGGUCCAGGCGAGAUACGUGAGGGUCUGGCCGCACACCAGCCAUCACAGUGAGGGCCACAGCAUCUUCCAUUGGGCAGAGCCGCUGGGCUGUGGGCCAGUUUCCCCGAUGGCAUCCAGGUGCCCAGGAUCCGGGCUCCAAUGUGCCAGUGGGGAGUGUGCCCCAAGCGGGGCCCCGUGUGAUGGAGCUGCAGACUGCGAGGACAGUUCUGAUGAGGAGGGAUGUGGGCCCUCACCUGUGGGGACUGGCGGAGUCCUUCCCACAGCCAGGACCCCAGCCCUCUCCUCCAUCCAGCCCUGGGAGGUUCCAGCAGAGACUGGAUAUUGGCGUGCCAAGCAGAGGUCCCCAUGCCUCCUGAAGAGGAGAGGCCAGGGAGAAUCCAUGCACUCUGUGGCCAUCGCAUCGACACCACACCUUGGGGCCAUGAGCCUACAGCCGGGAAUGGCAGCUGUGACUGUGCUUCCCCCACAUCCACUGACGCUGGUGACGCCUGCUGGCCACAAUGCCACCCCCAAGCCCUUUCCACCUGUGUGGUGCAGCCCUGGGCAGGUCCCCUGCGAGGUGCUGGGCUGUGUGGAAUGGGAAGAGCUCUGCGAUGGGAAGGAGGGCUGCCUGGAUGGCUCUGAUGAGCAGCGCUGCAUGAGCUCAGAGCCCUUCACAGUGCCCACCACAGCACUGCCUGGACUGCCAGCCUUGAGGUCCCUCUGGUCCCUGAACCAGCUGCACUGUGGCAGUGGGGAGUGUCUGCCAGCUGAGCAGCGCUGUGACCUGCACCCAGACUGCCAGGAUGGCUCAGACGAGGAAGGCUGUGUGGAUUGUAUACUAGCACCCUGGUCUGGCUGGAGUGGCUGCAGCCGCAGCUGUGGUCUGGGCUUCACCUUCCAACACAGGAAGCAGCUGCAUCUUCCCUUGCCUGGGGGCAGCUGCCAAAUGGACCAGCUGCGCAGCCAGCCCUGCUUUGUGCAGGCCUGCCCAGUGGCUGGGGCAUGGGCAGAGUGGGAGACGUGGGGCCCCUGCAGUGUCUCCUGUGGAGAUGGGCACUAGAGUCACCCAAGGAGCUAUGUGGACCCCCAACCCAAGAAUAAUGGUGCCCCCUGCCCUGGGGCCUCCCAGGAGAGGGUCCCCUGUGGCUUGCAGCCCUGUGCAGGUGACACAGACUGUGGGCCUGUGCAUGUGAAUGCAGAGCUGUGCCGGGAGGGGCUGGUGCCCCUGUGCCCACCCUCGUGCCUGGAUCCCAAGGCCAACAGGAGCUGCACUGGGCAGUGUGUGGAGGGAUGCCGCUGUCCCCCGGGGCUCCUCCUCUAUGACUCUCGCUGCUUGUCCCUUUCCGAGUGCCCUUGUCUUGUGGGCAAAGAGCUGAGGUGGCCAGGGACAUCUUUCCUGAUGGACAGCUGCAGGCGCUGUGUGGGCAAGAAGGGUGUGCUGCAGUGUGAACCGGGCGGCUGCCCCCCCUGGUCCCCCUGGGCUCCCUGGGACCGAUCCUGUGGCCCCGGAGUGAAGGUCAGGUUCAGGGCUGCUUUUCUCCUUCCGUCUCCCUCCAACCCUCCCGCGGCCUUUGGAGGUGCCCCCUGCAAGGGUGACAGCCAGGAGCUGCAGGCCUGCCGCAUGGAGUGUGAGACAGAGGCAUUGGGCUGGACACCCUGGACACCCUGGUCCCCCUGUUCCCAGAGCUGCCUUGUCCCUGGAGGGGGCCCCAGCUGGCAACGGUGUUUCUGGCUCUGCCCCAGCUCCAGGGACAGCUGCCAUGGAGAGGCAAACCAGGAGGAGCCCUGCAGCCCCCCACUGUGCCCAGUGCCAAGCAGCUGGGGUCUGCGGGUUUCCUGGUCUGCCUGCUCAACCCCCUGCGGUGGGGGCAUGCAAACCCAUGGGCACAGCUGCAAUGGCCCAGCACAUGGGCACCCCGUGUGCCAGGGACCCCAUAGUCAGACCAGGGACUGCAACACACAGCCAUGCACAGCCCAGUGCCCCGGCGACAUGGUGUUCCUCUCAGCAGACCAGUGUCACCAGGAGGGUCUGUGCCCCGGCUGUGCCUGUGCCCUUGGACUCUUUCCGCACAACGCCAGCUGCCCGCCCCAAACGCCGUGCCCCUGCGAGCUGCAUGGGCAGCUCUACGCACCUGGACCGGCGGCUCGCCUCAACGCCUGAAACCACUGCACCUGUGUCUCUGGUGAGAUGACGUGCACCUCAGAGCCCUGCCCAGGGGCCUGUGGCUGGAGCCCCUGGACCCCGUGGAGUCCCUGCAGCCGCAGCUGUGAUGUGGGCAUUGGGCGACACUUCCGGACAGGCACUGGACCCCCUGCUGCCUUUGGGGGUGCUGAAUGCCAAGGCCCCAACAUGGAAGCUGAAUUCUGCAGUCUGUGGCCGUGUAGAGGUCCCGGUGGGGUGUGGAGUCCCUGGACUCCGUGCUCUGUGCCCCGCGGUGGUGGCUACAGGAACCGCACCCGAGGCAGUGGCCCACACAGCCCUGUGGAGUUCUCCACCUGCAGCCUGCAGCCCUGUGCAGGGCCCGUGCCCAGUGUGUGUCCCAGGGGACAGCAGUGGCAGGAUUGUGCCCAGGGGCCUGCCUCCUGUGCAGAGCUCAAUGCCCCAGGAUGGACUAACCAGACCUGCCACCGUGGCUGCUACUGCCCAGCUGGGAUGCUUGGGCUGAACAGUGUGUGUGCACCUGCCCAGGACUGCCCCUGCACCCACAGGGGCCGCCUUCACCCCCCGGGCAGUGCUGUGCUGAGUCUGUGUGAAAACUGUUCCUGCGUUUCUGGGCUCAUCACCAACUGCACCGCCCGGCCUUGUGAGGAGGUCCAGCCCGUGUGGUCACCCUGGACCCCCUGGAGUGAAUGCUCGGCCUCCUGCGGCCCUGCCCAUCGCCACCGACACCGCUUCUGUCCCAGGCCCCCGAGCGUGGCGCCGUCCAGCCAGGCUCUGCUGCCCCCGUCAGCUGCCCCCACACCCCUCUGCCCAGGACUCGAGGCCGAGGAGGAGCAGCGUCUCCUGCCCGCCUGUGACCGAGCAGGGGGCUGGGGGCCUUGGGGACCCCGGUCCAGCUGCAGUCGGAGCUGUGGAGGAGGCCUGCGCGGCCGGACCCGAGCUUGUGACCAGCCGCCACCUGAGGGCCUGAGACAUUUCUGCGAGGGACCUCAGGCCCAGGGGGAGACCUGUCAGGCUCAGCAGUGCCCAGUGACCAACUGCAACAUCCAAGGGGCCGAGUACAGCCCCUGUGGCCCUCCCUGUCCCCGAUCCUGUGACGACCUCAUGCACUGCAUUUGGCGCUGUCAGCCCGGCUGCUACUGCCCCCCAGGCCAGGUGCUGAGUGCCGACGAGACCAUCUGUGUACAGCCUGGUCACUGUGGCUGCCUGGACCUGCUGACUGGGGAGCGGCACCAUCCAGGCGCCCAGCUGGCCAGGCCUGAUGGCUGCAGCCACUGCACCUGCUCGGAGGGGAGACUCAACUGCACGGACCUGCCCUGCCCAGUGCCCGGAAGCUGGUGCCCAUGGUCAGAGAGGACAGCGUGCUCCCAACCCUGCAGGGGGCAAGCAAGGACCCAAGCCAGGGCCUGUGCCUGCCCCACCCCUCAGCACGGUGGUGCCCCGUGCCCUGGGGAGGCAGGGGCUCAGCGUCAGAGGGAGCCCUGCCCCAGCUUCACCACAUGCCCAGUGGAUGGAGGCUGGAGCCCUUGAGGACCAUGGUCUUCCUGCGAUGUGUGCCUGGGGCAGUCCCACCGGAGGCGAGUGUGCACCCAGCCACCAAGCUCCGAGGGAGGCAGGCCGUGCCCCGGGGCCCAUGAGCAGAGUCGCCCAUGUUGGAACAAUUCCACAGAGUGCACAGAUUGUGGAGGUGGUCAGGAUCUACUGCCCUGUGGGCAGCCCUGUCCCCACUCCUGCUGGGACUUGUCCCCUGGGAGUGUGUGCCAGACAGGCCCAACGGGCUGCCAACCCAGCUGCAGAUGUCCCCUAGGCCUGCUUGCCCAGGACGGGCUCCGCGUGCUCCCAGCCCCCUGCCGGUGCCAGUAGCAGCCUGGAGCCAUGGGAGUUCCUGAGAACCACAGCCGGUCGGUAGGAUCUGGGCUCAGCUCUUGGGAGAGUCUGGAACCUGGAGAGGUGGUGACUGGGCUGUGUGACAACUGCACCUGUGUGGCAGGCAUCCUGCAAUGCCAGGAGAUGCCCAGCUGCCCUGGCGCUGGCAUGUGGGGAUCCUGGGGCCCCCGGGAGGACUGCAGUGUGUCCUGUGGGGGAGGGGAGCAGCUGCGCUCCCAGCUCUGCCCCCAACCCCCCUGCCCUGGACUAGCCCAGCAGAGCCAUACCUGCCGCACCCAGGUCUGCAGAGAGGUGGGCUGCCCAGCUGACCGUCUAUACCGUGAGUGCCAGCCCAGCGAGGGAUGCCCCUUCUCCUGUGCCCACAUCAUGGGCCAGGUGGCCUGCUUCUCCAGCGGUUGUGAGGAGGGCUGCCACUGUCCCAAGGGCACCUUCCAGCACCACUCAGCCUGUGUCCAGGAGUGCCCCUGUGUGCGGACAGCCAUGCUGCUGCAGGAGCUGGGAGCCACCAGCACUGAGCCUGGGAUGUCCCCAACCUCUCUGGGAGAGGAGGGUCAGCACUUUGGGCCUGGAGAUGAGUUGGACCCAGGCCAGACAUUUCGAACUGGCUGCAGUAACUGCUCCUGUGUGCAUGGGAGGCUGUCCUGCUCCCGGGACAACUGCUUCCAGGCUGGGGGUGGCUUUGGUCCCUGCGGCCCAUGGGGCCCAUGCUCCCACUCCUGUGGCCGGCUGGGGACCCGCAGCCGCCAGUGUGUGCGCCCUACACUUGCUCCUGGUGGCCAGGGCUGCCUGGGGCCCCAACAGGACCUGGAGGACUGCCCUAGCCUGGACUGCCCUGGGGCUGAAGGGUCCAAGGUGGAGCCAGUGACAGCCCUUCCAGGUAGUGUGGCUUGGGGGGCAUGGUCACCAUGGUCCCCCUGCUCCCGCAGCUGCACAGAUCCUGCUUGCCCUGCAUGGCGCAGCUGCAUGUGCUCAUGCCUGGCUAAUUGUACAGUGGGGGAGCCGGUGCAGGAGCAUCCCUGCAACCUACCCUCCUCUCUGCUUUGUUCUGCAAAGCUGCCUCUGUGCUCCGGCCCUGGCUGUGGGCCAGGGAACUGUUCCUGGACCCCCUGGGCCCCAUGGGAGCCAUGCUCCCGCAGUUGCGGGGUGGGCUAGCAGCGUCACCUUCAAGCGUACCGUCCCCCUAGGCCCGGAGGACACUGGUGCUCAGACAUCCUUACUGCCUACCAGGAGCACCACUUCUGCAACCUGCGUGCCUGCCCAGUGCCGGGGGGCUGGUCAUGCUGGAGCCCCUGGUCUUGGUGUGACCGGAGCUGCGGAGGGGGCUGAUCUCUGAGGAGCCGGAGCUACUUGAGCCCCCCACCCAAAAAUGGGGGUGCCCCCUGUGCGGGAGAGAGGCAUCACACCCGGGUCUGCAAUCCCAUGCCCUGUGAGGAGGGCUGCCCAGCAGGCAUGGAACUGGUCAUUGCCAACCGCUGCCCCCGCCGUUGCUCAGACCUGCAGGAUGGAGUGGUGUGUGAGGACCACCAGGCCUGCCAGCAAGGCUGCCGGUGCCCUGAGGGGUCCCUGGAGCAGGAUGGCAGGUGCAUGUCACUCGGGCACUGUGAGUGCACAGAUGCCCAGGGCCACAGCUGGGCCCCAGGGAGCAAGCACCAAGAUGCCUGCAACAGCUGCUCCUGCCAGGCUGGACACCUCUCCUGCACAACCUUGCCCUGCCCACCACCUACCCACUGUACCUGGAGCCGCUGGUCAGCCUGGAGUCCCUGCAGCCACUCGUGUGGGCCCAGGGGAUAGCAGAGCCGCUUCCAGUCCUCCACGUCGGGCUCGUGGGCCCCAGAAUGCCGAGAGGAGCAGUCCCAGAGCCAGCCGUGCCCACAGCCCCUGUGCCUGCAGGGUGCCCACCCCCGCAGCCUGGGGGACAGUUGGCUGCAGGGAGAGCGUCAGCAGUGCUCCUGCACUCCGGAAGGCGAAGGCGUGAUCUGUGACAACAUCGAGUAUGCAGUGCCCGGUGGCUGGAUGCUGUGGUCUCCUUGGUCCGCCUGCUCCGUCUCCUGUGGAGGUGGACACCAGGUCCGCCCCCGGACCUGCAUAGUGUCGGCCCCUCACCACAAGGGGCCACCCUGCCCGGCCUCCGACACCCAGACUCAGCACUGCGGGCAGCAGCCAUGCCUGCAGUUGCUGGACACCUGCUCCUGGGCUCCAUGGGGGCCCUGUUCUCACACCUGUGGCCCGGGCCUGUCCUCCCGCUCCGGGUCCUGCCCCUGCCUGGUAGCUGAGGCUGAACCCAUGUGCAAUGGCACCUUCACACACCUGGACACGCAGGCCUGCUACCCGGGCCCUGCCUGGCAUGUGUGGAGUGGCUGGAGCAGCUGGACACGCUGCUCCUGCCAGGUGCCUGUGCAGCAGUGCUAUCGCCACCAGCAACCAACACCCGGCCAAGCUGCCAAGGGACCCCCCUGCACACGGCUGGAUGGCCACUUCCGGCCAUGCCCCAUCGUCAACUGCUCAGAGGACAGCUGCACACCUCCCUUUGAGUUCCAGGCCUGCGGCUCUGCCUGUGCUGGGCUCUGGGCCACACACCAGAGCCUUCAGCUCUGUCAGGACCUGCUGCCCUGCCAGCCUGGUUGCUACUGUCCCAAGGGGCUGCUGGAGCAGGCAGGGGGCUGCAUCCCCCCAGAGCAGUGUGACUGCCAGCACGGCUCAGGAGAGGGAAGUGGGGUGUCCCUGGGCCCCGGGGAACAUCCGCAGCUGGGCUGUAAGGAAUGUGAGUGCCAAUGAGGAGAGCUGCGAUGCAUGAGCCAGGGCUGUGAAGGUCUUCUGCCUCUGAGCGACUGGUCCGAGCGGUCACCCUGUGGGCCCUGCUUGCCCCGAAGCACCCUGGCCCCCGCCUCCAGGGCCACUCUGGAGAGCGCUGGCCUCUGGACACAGCAGGCUUCUCUCCAACCUUGGCCUGGCCCCUCGCUGGCUUCAGAGCAAUAUCGCCACCGCCUCUGUCUGGACCCUGCAACCGGGUGGCCCUGGGCUGGAGACCCUCGUCUGUGUACCGCACCCCUCAGCCAGCAACGCCUCUGCCCUGACCCUGAGGCCUGCCCUGACCCACGCCAGUGGAGUGCUUGGGAACCCUGGAGCCCCUGCCAGGUCCCCUGCAGAGGGGGAUUCCGGCUGUGCUGGAGAAAGGCAGGGAGCCCCCUUUCAAGAGCUUGCCAAGGACCAUGGGCUCAGACCGAGAGCUGCAAAGUGGAGUCCUACCCCGGAGAGAGCUGUGAGGCCCAGGGCACCAUGCUCACCCUGGACUGUGCCAACCAGUGCCCUCCUCGCAGCUGUAUCGACCUCUGGGACCAUGUGCAGUGUCUGCAGGGACCCUGCCACCCAGGCUGCCGCUGUCCCCUAGGCCAGCUGGUGCAGGAUGGGCGCUGCAUGCCCAUCACCUCCUGCCGCUGAGGCCUUCCCAGUGCCAAUGCUUCAUGGGAGCUGGCCCCGGCCCAGGUGGUGCAGCUGGACUGCCACAACUGCACCUGCAUCAGUGGGUCUCUGGCAUGCCAACACCUUGAGUGCCCACUCCUGGGACCUUGGUCAGCCUGGAGCAGAUGCUCAGCUGUGUGUGGUGGGGGCAUCUCGGAACGCCUUCGGAGCUGCAAGGGGCAUCCUGGGGCAGCACCAUGUCAGGCCCAGGACAGGAAGCAACAGCAAGAGUGUAGCCUGCAGCACUGUCCUGAGUGCCCUCCUGGGCAGGUGCUCAGCACCUGUGCCACCUCUUGCCCAAGGCUCUGCUCGCACCUGCAACCUGGCACUAUCUGUGUGCAGGAACCCUGCCAGCCUGGCUGUGGCUGCCCUGAAGGGCAGCUGCUGCACAAUGGCAUAUGUGUGCCCCCUGCCGCCUGCCCCUGUACCCAGCUCUCCUUGCCCUGGGGGCUCAGUCUGAGCCCUGAAGAGCUGGCUCAGGAGCUGCCCCCAGGGACCGUGCUCACCCAGAACUGUACCCACUGUGUCUGCCAAGGCACCUUCAGCUCCUCCCUUGCUGACUGCCCGGAAUGUUCCCUUGGGGAAAGGUGGCACCAGGUGGCUCUGGGGGAGCUGGGGGCCUGCGAGCAGACAUGCCUGGAGACAAAUGCCACAGAGGCUCAGAGCAACUGCAGUGUGGCACAGGGCCCAGGCUGCAUAUGCCAGCAAGGACACUUCCGCAGCCAGGCGGGCCCCUGCCUCCCUGCAGAGCACUGCGAGUGCUGGCAUCUCGGGCGUCCCCACCUGCCCGGGUCCGAAUGGCAGGAGGGCUGUGACAGCUGCCACUGCCCGAGAGGGACAAGCAUCUGUACCCAGCUCCGCCCUCGCCUCACCUGUACUCAGGGUGAGGUGCUGGUGCAGGAGCCAGAGAGCUGUUGUCCCACAUGCCGCCGGGAGAUUCUCGCACCUGCCUCUCCCUCCUCAGAGGAGCAGCCAGCCUCCUGCCGGCACCUCACUGAGCUUUGCAACCUCACCAAGGGACCCUGCCACCUGGACCAGGUAGAAGUGAGCUACUGCAGUGGCCACUGCCCACCCAGCACCAAUGUUAUGGCUGAGGAACCCUACCUGCAGAGCCAGUGCGACUACUGCAGCUACCGCCUGGACCCCGACAGCCCCAUGAGGAUCCUGCACCUGCGCCGUCCCGAUGGCCACGCCCCGCCCGCGGUGCUGCCGGUGAUCCACAGCUGCCAGUGCAGUGCCUGCCAGGGAGGUGAUUUCUCCGAGCGCUGACAGGCUCCGCUGGAUGUAUCCAUGGCUGUCCUUCUGUGACCACAGGGCUCUUCACACUGAUCAGACCCUCCAGUACCCACCCACCUGUCCCAGACCCGAAAUCCAUGCCUGGCAUUAUCAUGUCCCAAAUAAAGUGACUGCAGCCAC